AUAUUGGCGCUCGCCGUGUUAGCUGCGACCAACUAGCGAGUUUUUACUUUGUUAAUGUAGGAGAUACUUGAGUCCCUCGAGGAAAGUACGUCGUGGUAAUGAAAUGAAAAACAACCUUUACUGACAUACGGUAAUACUUGAGUCAUUUCCGUGGGAGCACAAUGGCAAGCGACGUGUGCAGCCAUGUAAAGGUGGUCGUCCGGGUGAGGCCGGUCAAUGACAACGAGAAGCGUGAAAACUGUCGAAAUGUGGUCCAGGUCGUCGAUAACCACAUGCUCAUAUUCGACCCCAAAGAAGAGGAUACGUCGUGUUUUGGAUCGCAACGAGUGCGAAACAGAAACAUCAACAAGAGACCUAACAAAGACCUGAAGUUUGUUUUUGACCAUGUCUUCGACGAGAACUCCACCCAAGUUGACAUUUUUGAGAGCACCACGAAAGCAGUGUUGGACGGUGUCAUGAAUGGAUUCAACUGCACAGUGUUUGCUUAUGGCGCCACUGGAGCAGGCAAGACUCACACCAUGCUAGGCUCCUCAAACGACCCAGGAGUCAUGUACCGCACCAUGAAAGAGCUGUUCCAACGCAUGGAGGACGCCAAGGAGGAGAAAGAGUUUGCUGUUGCAUUCUCAUAUCUCGAGGUUUACAAUGAGCAGAUCAGGGACUUGUUGGCUAACGUGGGCCCUCUCGCAGUCAGAGAGGACAGCUCUAAAGGAGUGGUUGUCCAGGGCCUCUCGCUGCAUCAGCCCAAAUCUGCAGAGCACAUUCUCGAAGCUUUGGAUUCGGGCAAUCGAAACAGGACGCAGCAUCCCACGGACAUGAAUGCCACCUCUUCUCGGUCCCACGCCGUGUUUCAGAUUUAUUUGAGACAGCAAGAAAAAACCGCCAGCCUCAACCCCAACGUUUGCAUCGCCAAGAUGAGCCUGAUCGACCUGGCUGGCUCAGAGCGAGCGAGCGCCACCAACGCCAAAGGGGCGCGCUUACGCGAAGGCGCUAACAUCAACCGGUCGCUCCUCGCCCUGGGAAAUGUCAUCAAUGCUCUCGCUGACCCAAAGAGUAAGAAGGCUCACAUACCGUACAGAGACAGCAAACUGACUCGGCUACUUAAAGACUCCUUGGGAGGCAACUGCAGGACGGUGAUGAUCGCCAACGUCAGCCCCUCGUCCAAGUCGUACGACGACACCCAGAACACUCUGAAGUACGCCAACAGGGCCAAGGAGAUUAAGUCCUCGCUUAAGAGUAAUGUUGUGAGCCUGGACAGUCACAUCGGUCAGUAUGCAGUGAUCUGUGAGAAGCAAAAGAAAGAGAUUCUACAGCUGAAACAGAAACUGAAACUGUACGAGUCGAAGGGCAUCGCUCCCGGGGCUUCUGACGCGAUCUCUUCCCAGAAACAAGCGGAGUUUAAAAGGGUGUCAGAAGCUCUGCAGCGAAUCUUCUCCAGCCGAGCCCAAAUCAGGCAAGAGCAGCUGGAUCUGGAGAGACGGCUGAAGGAGAAUGAGCUGCGCCAGCGCUACAGCGAGGAGGACAACCUGCAGGUCCAACACUUCUGUGCCAAGGAAAAGACUGAGAAGGCCACUUGUAAGCAUGAGCGGAAGAUUGCCAGCUUGCACACUCAGCAACAGCACAUUAACAAACGUUUGAAGGAGGCAGAAUCGCGUUUCCUGGAAAACGACAGUUGGCUUCACCGCGUGGAGAACGAGAUCAAGCUGCUGAAGUCGAACGAUCAGGCCUCAGAGAUGUUAGACAAGGAGCUGCAUUGCCACAGACUGGAGCUGCAGGUGAACGAUCUCAAGCAACACAUCAAGCAGAUGGUCAAGCUCACGACACUCCAGGACCAGGAGAACAAGCGUAUGCAGAAGAUGGUGAACAUCUUGCUGCCGGCUUACAGCCGCCACUACUCCGCGCUGCGCGGCGCCGGUUUGGCCGCGGCGGCCGACGAGACGGAGAACCACGAACUGGAGCAGCUGGUGUUGAGGGAGAGGGGCGUGGUCUGGGCCGACCAGGGAGGGGCGGGGCAGCAGGCGAGAGGUGACGGCGUCGGUGCGGAGUCGCGGGAGGCGAACGAGGCGGGAAGCGGCGCGCUCCGCGGCGAGCUGGCACCCGUCCUGUCUUUCUCACAUCUGCUCUACCACCAGAGUAGCCCCUGCAGUGCAGAGAGGCACAUGAAAAGAACAUCACUGAGCAAUGCUGCUCCAUCACCAAAAGGUGAAGGAAAUCAGACGGAUGUGACACGAGAACCACCUCCCAAAAAGCCCACGAGGAGAAAUUUGGCCGAGUCCCUGCCGCCGGGAAGCCCGCGCACCGUCUCCACAAGCCCGGCGGUCGAAGAGGGGAUGUUCCCACUCCAGUGUACGCCGCAAGCUUCUCAACAAAGUGUUCAGGCCCGGCCACCGAGCACCUCCCCCGCCAUGGACCCGAACAUGACCUUUGACCUCACAGACCUUAAUGACGAUCAAACUGCGAGUAAUGGAACAAUCAUAAUAAGCAACGGCAGUCCCUGUCCAGAGUCGAAGUCCGCAAACUUCUCUGGUCCCAGUCAACUACGGCCUCCUCCCAAAGCCAACGAGGGCAACCAGAUUCUCACAAAAAGACAACCGACCUCAUUGUUGCAAGAGGUGAGACGAGCCAACCCGGCCUACAUGGGCUUGACAUGUGCUGCUCAAGGAAAGCGUAAAUUCAGCCGAAUCAGAGAAGAGUUGGCGCAGGGUAUCUCUGCACCGAAGCGUGUAAAGAAAGACCCCACGGUGGCUCAAAGGCCACUCAGAGUGGCGCAUCGUUUCGCCGGUUCAGAGAACAAACCCCGGAGAGUCGUACGGAGCGUUUCUGAAGGAAAUCUCAGCCUCAUCGAACCCCAGAAAAACAAGUCCAUUUUUUAUAAAACAUCCCAACAGUUCAAACGAGUGACCAAGCGGAUGUGAAGGAACAAUGUGUCCAGACCAUUUUUUUCUUCUUUCUUGUCGUUUUUGUCUUGAUCAGCAUUUUCCGUCCUCAUUCAUCUCUACAAAACAUUUUCUUAACCUUUAAAAAAAUAAAAAUAAACUUGGUCUGUUGUGCACGUUUAUCCAGCAGGAAAAAAAAAAAACCUAACAUAAUAAAAUGAAAGUUAAUGUAAAUUGCAUUGUUUCCUUUCCCUCUUCAACCUCAAGGCCCAGACAUUUUACUUGACUCUGUAUAUAAACAUUGUAUAGCUGUUGCUCAUCUUUUUUUUUUUAUAUAUAUAUAAUUAUACUUUAAAGACCACUUUGUUUCAGUUUAAAGAUUCCCUAUAGAUUUUUAGAUAUUUUUUUAAAUUGUCACGUACACACUAGGACAAAAAUAAAUCGACAAAUCCUGUAGAUGUCUUGAACUAACCCUUAAAAUAAUGAUUGUUUUAUUAGAUGACUGUAUUUCCCGGGGCAGCUAUGUCAACUGAACCUGUUCUACUCAGCAGCUGUUUGUAUUUUUACCUCUAUAUAUUUGAUCUCGUAUAGUUCAUUACAUUGGGAUAUCACAAUGGAAGUGCGUGUUGCUCUGCAGUUUUUUUUCCUCCAAUAAAUAGAUCAGUUCCUUAAAAUGUAA